GGGUGUUGUAGGGUCCACUAUCUCAUUCAAAUAUGCAACUUGUAAAACAUUUUUGUGGCGAUGGAAUAAAUGAUUGGAGGGCACAUUUUUUGCACUAUAGUUAAGCAAGUGCUGACUGCUGAGACUGCUUUAUUUGCAGAAAACGCUCUAACUAACUCAAUUCAGAUAUUCAUCCAAUCAAGAAACAAAAGCCAUGGAGGAUGAUUGUUUGUACAAAAAUCCAACGGCGCCCAUUGAAGCGCGCGUCAAGGACCUUCUUUCCCGGAUGACUCUGCAGGAGAAGAUUGGUCAGAUGACUCAGAUCGAGCGUAGUUUUGCUACCCCUUUUGCCCUCUCACAUUUCUCCAUUGGCAGCGUACUUAAUUCUGGAGGCAGCAUACCUUUUGAAAAUGCUCGUUCAUCGGAUUGGGCUGAUAUGGUUGAUGGCUUUCAAAAAUCGGCUCUCAAGUCAAGGCUUGGAAUACCAAUCAUCUACGGGCUUGAUGCAGUUCAUGGUAAUAAUAAUGUUUAUGGUGCAACCAUAUUUCCUCACAAUGUUGGCCUCGGAGCUACUAGAGAUGCUGAUAUAGCUGAAAGAAUUGGAGCCGCUACAGCACUCGAAGUUAGAGCAAGUGGAGCUCACUAUACCUUUGCUCCUUGUGUGGCAGUCUGCAAAGAUCCUAGAUGGGGAAGAUGCUAUGAGAGUUAUGGUGAAGACACCGAAAUAGUCAGAAAGAUGACUUCCAUCGUUUCGGGUUUGCAGGGCAAGCCACCUGAAGGACAUGAACAUGGAUACCCUUUUGUAGCUGGAAGGAACAACGUUGUUGCAUGUGCCAAGCAUUUUGUCGGAGAUGGCGGUACUUCUAAAGGUGAAAACGAGGGAAAUACUAUAUUAUCAUAUGAAGAAUUAGAGAGAAUCCACAUGGCACCUUACUUAGACUGCAUUUCCCAGGGAGUUUCAACGGUUAUGGCAUCCUAUUCUAGCUGGAAUGGGCGCAAACUCCAUGCUGACCGUUUUCUUUUGACUAAAAUCUUGAAAGAAAGGCUAGGUUUUAAGGGCUUUUUGAUUUCUGACUGGGAGGGACUUGAUCGUCUUUGCCAUCCUCAUGGAUCAAAUUAUCCCUACUGCAUUAAAUCUGCUGUCAAUGCUGGAAUUGACAUGGUAAUGUUGGGUUUACAAUUUGAACCAUUCAUUGAAGAUUUGACCUCUCUUGUUAAAUCGGGGGAAGUACCAAUAAGCAGAAUUGAUGAUGCUGUUGAGCGAAUUUUGAGAGUGAAGUUCGCCGCUGGUCUUUUUGAAUUUCCUUUUAGUGACAGAUCUUUGCUAGAUACGGUUGGAUGCAAUCAACAUAGAGAUCUAGCACGCGAAGCAGUUCGAAAGUCCUUGGUUCUGUUGAAAAAUGGAAAAGAUAUUAGCAAACCCUUUCUUCCAUUGGAUAGGAAAGCAAAGAGAAUCCUUGUUGCUGGGACUCAUGCCGAUGAUCUUGGAUUUCAGUGUGGAGGUUGGACGAAAACUUGGUAUGGAUGUAGUGGGAGGAUUACCAUUGGGACGACAAUCUUGGAUGCUGUCAAGGCAACAGUGGGAGCUGAAACUGAAGUUAUUUACGAGAAGGUCCCAUCGAAAGACACCAUAAACAGUAAUGAGUUCUCAUUUGCAAUUGUAGCUGUUGGUGAACCUCCUUAUGCAGAGUCCUUGGGUGACAAUUCUGAGCUUAAAAUCCCCUUCAAUGGACCUGACAUUAUAAGCUUAGUUGCUGAACAAAUCCCAACAUUGGUUAUUCUGAUAUCCGGGAGACCCUUACUCUUAGAGCCACAGUUGUUGGAAAAGAUAGAUGCACUUGUUGCUGCUUGGUUGCCUGGUUCCGAAGCACUGGGAAUCACGGACGUUAUCUUUGGCGAUCAUGACUUCAAGGGUCAAUUACCAGUGACUUGGAUUCGAAGUGUUGAACAGCUCGAUCAACCAACCAAUAGAGUUAGUUCACAAGAACCCUUGUUUCCUCUUGGUUUCGGCCUGACAUAUAAAUAGGAGAAUUUACAUAAUUGCUUAAGUACACCAAAGAUAUAGCAGGGACUCUGUAAUAGUGAAUGGUAUUGGUGCUCCAUAGGGAAUAUUAAUUAGUUAAUCCAUAUUAUCAAUAUAUUAUAAUUGGUCCCCUUGGUUCAGUACUUCAGUUCAGAUGGGGAGAAAUUAUUAUAGAGCUUAUAAGGUCUUUAAACUGAUCAUACUUAAUUGAGAUAUUAAUAAUAUAAGAUGGUUGUCUUUCAUA